AUGGUUACUACAUUGGCAUUUCUACUCUUAUUUUCCGUCACCGAGGCAAUGAAUUACAAAUUAGGUCUGCUCAUCCCUUUAAAACAAGCAGAAUACACCAAGCAAGGGAACUACUAUGCGUCUGCCAUCAACAUCGCUAUUGACGACAUCAAUAAGAAUAAUAACCUUUUGAAGGACCAUAACAUUACGUUUGUUUGGAAUGAGACAAAUUGCCGCGAAGAAGGGGACGAAAACAAGACUAUACGUGCGCUGAUUCAUCAGUUGUACGAGGAAAAAGUUUCUGCAAUUAUCGGGCCCGGAUGCAACUGCAACACUUCAGCUCGGAUAGCUGCUGCAUUCAAUGUUCCCAUGAUAUCAUAUGUGAGUAUACACUUUUUUUUCCUUUUUAGCCGGACGGCACACAUCUAACUUUCAAGUUACGUCAGCUGUUUUCUUUUUUUGUUGUUAAUUUUACCUUUGAAAGUUGCGUGUUGCAUGUUAGACUUCUAAUAAGAUCUAAUGUCAACUGAACCAUAAUUUCAUUCAUGAUCUCUUAAGAUAAUCAUUCAAAAUCUUAACUAUUGGUUGAAGCUUUGACAUCCCUUGGACAAAGUUGUCAUUAUUCUUGAAUUCAAGUAUCGUAGCCGGAUGUUUCUGAUGUUUGACUUCAGUUUGUCUGCACUUACGGUCGUCUCCACUUUAUUCCUAAAAGCCUCAAUUUAAGAAAAAACAAGGAAAUUAAACAUGUUUUCUAUGUUAAAGACUCAAAGCAAGCACAAAAGCUUGAAAGGAAGUGAAGACAAAUAAAAUUAUUUGUUUAAUUUAUGUUUGCUUGAAACAUUUUUGUUCAAAAUGAAUGUUCUACUUGUAUUGAUUUCUAUGAGGAUUUGCAUUCAGAGGAAAGUUUAAAAUACCACACCCUGCCCGUUAGUAUGAAAAGAUUAUCUGAUAAAACAAUAAUCAAGAGCGACAAGAGCAUGAAUUAAAAAAAAAAACCAGAAAACAGGAAAGAUGGCAAAAAAUUAAUGACUUACAGACAAUAGUCUAUUAUAAGAAUAUCGUUCUAUAUUAUAACAGUUUAAGACACUUACGGAAAUGCUUGCUGUUUUUCAGAUUAGAAGCUGGUGGUUUCUAUCCGUUGCUUACUAUUUUUUUUAACCCCUGGCUAUUGUUACUCCCCGGGAGACAUCUUUAAUGAGCAUUUUCCGUGAUUAAGCGUGCUAAAUUUAAAAAAAAUGAGUUAUUUGAAUUUGAACAAACGAAGGUCGCACCUAGAGAAAUCUAUUCACUGUUGUAAUUUAAGAUAAACAUUGACUCCAAAGGGGUAGAAACAUGUAACCUGCGAUCAAUUAUUGUGAAUAUUAAACGAUUAUUGGAUGAGGUUUUAGUGAUAUCCGAAAUAAUCAAGGUCGAGGCGAAAGUCGAGGCUGAUAACACUUACCAAGACCUUGAUUAUUAAGGAUAUCACAAAAACCGAAUCCAAUAAUUGUUUUAUUAUACAUUGUUUUGAAGAAAAUAACGACAAACACACCGUCGCAAGGUACCUGAAUUGCUAUAUUGUUAUUGGAAAUCAUGCAUUACAGAGAAAGCUAGUGUUACCAAAGUUUAGCGGUGAGAUAACAAAGUUUAAGUCAUUUUGGGAUAGUUUUGACAGUGCUGUAAAUAAGAAUGCUCACCUUUCCUCCGUUGACAAGUUUAAUUACCUUCAUGCGUUGUUAGAAGGUCAGGCUGCCCAAGCUAUUCAAGGCCUUACAUUGUCAGAAUCUAACUAUCAGCUUGCAGUUUAAAUUUUACAUGAGCGUUUUGGUAAAACACAACAAAUCAUUUCAGCUCAUAUGGAUGAGCUUCUCAAGUUGCCAACUUGUACAUGGGAUAAACCUGGUCAGCUGCGAAUUAUUUGUGACAAAAUCAAGAUUAAUGUGCGUGGUUUAGAGCGUCUAGGAGUGAAAGCAGAGCAAUAUGGUAGUUUUCUCAUACCAGUGAUCAUGUCAAGAUUGCCAGCUGAAGUAAGGUUACAUGUUACUAGAGUUUCUACCAAGGAUGUGUGGGAGAUAAAUGAGCUGUUGAAAGUGAUCCAGGCAGAACUUGAGGCUAGAGAAAUGAGUGACACCAUGAGGAUACAAGAAAAGAAAGGGACUGAAACAACUCCUACACCCAAGAGAGGAUUUUCCCCAGGAACUGCUAACUCACUGCUUGCAAGGCCAGGUGAUGGAUCAGGAAUUCGUUGUGCGUUUUGCACUGGUGAACAUUAUUCAUCUGCAUGUGAAGAAGUCAAGGAAUUUCAGAAACGAAAGAACAUUUUUAGGAGGGAUAAACGUUUUUUGUGUUUGUCAGUGGGUCAUCGUGCAAACCAGUGUACCCGGAAGAAAAAGUGUAGAGUUUGUGACAGGACAGAUCAUCAUCAGUCAGUUUGUGAAAUGAGUUCUAAUCAGUCAAGAUCUGAAACACCAGCUGCACCAACCAAUGCUAAAACUAAAGAAGAUAGAGAGCCUAGUGCAAGUAAGAAACCUCCUCAGAACAUCACAACAACAUCCACAGCAAGAUGCAAGGUGCAGGUACUUUUGCAAACAGCUAGAACAUAUAUGCCUAUGUUGAGAAUGGUAAGCGGAAGCCAAAGAUCUUACAUUACAAAUCAUUUGAAGAGAAAACUGGGUCUGAUACCCAAAAGGACUGAAACACUGAAUUUGAACACAUUUGGCAAUAAGAAGUUUUCAAAAAGGGAUUGUGAUUUGAUCAAGUUACGUUUACAAGGAAAACAUGGCGUUUUGAGGCUAUCUGUUCACCUGUACCUUCAAAGGUUUCACUCCAUGACCACCCUCAUUUGCUAGAUUUAGACCUAGCAGGCUGUAUUUCAGGUAACAUAGACAGCCAGGACAAUAUAGAUGUGUUGAUAGGCUCUGACUACUACUGGGAUAUAAUUAGGGGGGGGUUGCUUGUGGAGAUGACAAAUUGGUGGCAUUUAGUAGCAAAUUUGGAUGGCUCCUGUCUGGGCCUACAAAGGGGGACAGUGGAACUUCCCACUCCACCACAUCAGAUCUAGUUGUUCAGAAACCAUAUGACUUCAUGGAGAGCCAAAACCAGGCUACAGAACUAGCGAAAAGUUUAAACCGGUUCUGGGACAUUGAAUCAGCUGGGAUUACUGAGACAUCAAGCAAGGUAAACGAAGAUGAGCAGUUUUUGAGAUUCAUUAAGUUUGACUAGGAUGGAGGAAGAUAUGAGGUUGACCUUCCUUGGAGAGAACAAACAUGUAAACAGUCUGACAACUUUCAUCUGUCUGUCACCAGACUUAAGCACAUUUGAAGAAAGAUGAGAAGUUACUUCAGUAGUAUGACACAAUUUUCAGGGCACAAUUAAAAGCUGGGAUCAAAGAAUUGGUUCCUAGAGAUGAGGAAGAUUUCGAGGGUGCUCACUUUCUACCACAUCAUGGAGUUUUGAGAGAAGACAGGGAGACUACAAAGCUGCGUAUCGUAUUUAAUGGCUCAGAAAGAGCGGACAAGAAUCACUACUUGUUGAAUGACUGUUUAGAAAAGGGCCCAAAUUUAACCCCACAUGUAUUUAAAGUACUGGCCAAGUUCAGAAGUUAUCCUGUAGGACUGACAGCUGACAUUGAGAAAGCAUUUCAUCAAAUUUCAGUUAAUCCGGCUGACCGUGACCAAUUGAGAUUUCUGUGGUUUAAGAACGUGAACAUGAAGAUAUGGUUUCAGAAACUCUGCGUUGAUAAAGUGAACUGGGAGGACCGUUUAGAAGGAACAAUGUUAGCAAAAUGGAACCAUCUCUUCAGUGAGUUUUCAGCCUUAGCCAAAUUAAAUAUCCCCAGGUGUUGCUUCGUGAGAGAGAGGAAGCCAGUUUGUCGCCAACUCCAUGGGUUCAGGGAUGCAUCUGAACAAGCCAUUGCAGCGGUUGUCUAUCUGCGUACAGUGUAUGAAGCUGGAGAUGUUGACGUGCGGCUCAUUGCCUCCAAGACAAAGGUUGCACCACUGAAGAAACAAUCAAUCACAAGAUUAGAACUCAUGAGUGCUUAUAUUUUAUCAAAACUAGUAGACACAGUUUGCAAUGUGUUCAAGUUACUGCCAUUUGAAGUAGAUGUGUACUAUUGCGUAGACUCAUUCACCACACUCUGUUGGAUCAAGAACCACAGGCCGUGGAAGCAGUACGUUCAGCAUAGGGUGGACGUGAUCCGUAAACUGACAGACAUAGAGAAGUGGAGAUUUUGUCCUGGGAACAUGAACCCAGCCGACAUAUCCUCAAGAGGUUGCUCUGGGAAGGAUGUUGUUGAAAGUGAAUUGUGGUGGUCUGGACCGACCUUCUUAAGGGAGCCUUCAAAAUUGUGGCCCGAGACACCAUCUACAUCAGCACCUAACACGACUUCUGAAGAAUUAGUCAAGCACACACCUGCUACAAAACAUUCACUAGCAACGGCAGCGCUCAAUAGAACACUGUAUGAGAAUCUGGAAGAAAUAAUGGACAUUGAAAGAUAUGGGUCCAAGUUGAAGUUGCUGCGAGUUACUGCUUACGUGUUGAAAUUCCUUCGGUUACUGAGGGGAGAUAGAGGUGCAGUCAAGAGUAAGGAUCUAAGGGCUGAAGAUCUAAACUUUGCAGAGGUCACAUGGAUCCGAGGUGUGCAACGUCAUUCAUUUGCUACGGAGCGACAGGACCUUCGUCAUGGUUAUGAGGGAAGCAAGCACGUGAAGCAAUUCGACCUAUAUCUUGAUGAGGACAACAUUAUUCGCUGUAAGGGUCGGAUCAACAAUGCGGACACAACCGAAGAAAGCAAGAAUCCAGUAUUGCUACCUUCGCGCCACAGAUACACAGAACUGUUGAUCAGACAGAGACAUGAUCAUGUUCACCACAAUGGUGUCAAAGAGACAUUGAAUGCUAUACGAGAAACACACUGGGUUCUGAAGGGAAGAGAAGCCGUAAAGAGAGUUAUCAGAAAAUGCACCAUAUGCAGAAGAUAUGAGGGGAAACCAUUCAUUGCUCCCCCCUCCCCUGAAUUGCCUACAGAUCGUGUUUAUGAGGGACCGCCUUUCACGUACACAGGGAUAGAUUUUGCGGGAUCACUUUAUGUCAAUUCUGCGUCACCUGAGAACCGCAGCAAAGCAUACUGUUGCAUCAACACGUGCUGUCCACCUUGAGUUAACUGAUAGUUUGACAGUUACGUCUUUCUUACAAGCAUUCCGAAGAUUUGUUAGCCGAAGAGGACUUCCAGCAAAGUUGUUAACGGACAAUGCGAAACCUUUAAGUCCGCAUUAGUGGAUAUUAAGAAGAUUUCAAGGUCUUGUGAAGUGAAGCAGUAUCUUGCGAACAGACAGGUCGAUUGGCAGUUCAUCAUGGAACGAGCCCCUUGGUAGGGUGGGUUCUGGGAGACUCGUGCGUAGUGUAAAACGGUGCUUAAAGAAAUCUGUUGGACGAUCCUUAUUAACGUUUAAGGAACUCCGCACCUUAGUCGUAGAGAUAGAAGCUACUCUGAACAACAGGCCAUUGACCUACAUCUAUGAUGAUGAAGAAGGACUCUCAUACCCACUCACUACAGCAGACUUGAUAUAUGGUCGCCAAAUCGCCACCAUGCCACACCAGAGACACUGAAUUGUCAUUAGUACGUUCCAGUCAUUGACAAAGAGAGCAAGAUACCAUUUCAGAUUGCUUGAAGGUUUUACGAAGCAAUGGCGUAAAGAGUAUCUUUUAGGGUUGCGUGAAUACCACCGAAACAGAACUGGAGCUAUCGAACAAUCCAUUAGAAUAGGAGACAUUGUCGUUUUGAAGGAAGAAGGAUCUGCGCGUUGUUGGUGGAAGCUAGCCAAAGUCACGGAGCUAUUGAAGAGCAGGGACAACGUUGUGAGGUCAGCAAAGAUUCAAGUUCUCAACACAGAUGCGCAAAGGAGACCGACCGUGUUGAGACGCGCAGUUCAACAUCUCAUACCACUGGAAGUGAACCAUUCUUUAGAGAUGCUUAAAAAAGUUGACUAUUUGAGAUCGUUGUUAUUCAAGUACAUUUAGUGUAUCAGUUUUAAGUCUUGUUUUGUCUUAAGAGUUGAACUUGCAGUGUAUGCAUCCGAAUUUCUAGCCUGUUUGAGGACACUUGCGAAGACUGAACUUGAAUUUUGAGGAGUUUCGUGCGUCACUUUUGUCAUUUGAGUUGAACGUUGGACAUUUAUCAUUUGCUUCAGAACUUUUAAAUGGUUGAUUUACCUUUAGGCAAUCAAUCCUGGAGAGUGUUGUAAUCAUUUUAUACCGGUACACGCGAGGAUAACGCGCGCGUAUAGUCACAUGUUACAAGACAACAAAUUGUCCAUAAUUCUGUUCACAACAGCUCUUGAUCACAGUAGAUUAGGCCUCGAAGACAAAUUCUUGAAAACAAAUCAGGCCGAAUUUUUUUUUCGUUCGACAGGUUUACUUUACAAAUUCUUGCCAACAAAUCUGGGGGUGUGUAAACCAACCUUUUAUACUUUUUAUACAUCACAUCUGAGGUGAAACAGUACUAUUUAUCAUACAGACCUCGGACAGAAUGCGGUAUUUCACAAUUUUUCAAGACAAAUUGCACUUAGUCAAUAUUCAGGACGAUCAAUCGUGCGCUUUUAGCGAAACCGUUCAAAAAAAUUCCAAAAUCACCCAUACGGCCAGCCGGUUCUCAUUUCUAGUGCGAGCUGUCAGUGUGGUCGAGUGUUUGAAUGAACUUUAAUAGAGUUACGCUUCAACAUAAUAACGAGUUUAUUAUCAUUAUUUUUUUUUGUCAUUUAAUGAUUUCAGUUAUAACGAUGUGUAAUCUUAUAACGUGUUUGAUACGCGCGACAUUUUUGAGUACUCCUGCAAGCGAUGUUCAUGAACGAUGAAAACAAACGGCACGUACAAGCGAUUAAAAUUGCAAGAGAGACUACUAACAAUCAAUAAAAGAAAUAUAAUUCGGUGAAACAUUUACAGAGACAACAAUUUUCAUUCACGAAGACAGGUAUUAAAGUGUCUCUAAAAAUCCUGAGUCUUUAAGCUUAAAGCUUAAGCUCACGCUUGAGUUAAUUAUGUUUUACUUUAAGCUGGCCUCCCCCUGGCCUCCUGGUGUUUGCUUUUUUCAAAGAUGAAGUCCUCGAAGCAAGAAAAUCUCUCAAAGGUUUCUUUCUACAGCCAAAUUUAUAACUAAAUAUUCUUCGGAACGUUUCCUUUCUAUUUGCGGUGAGAAAAUAUAUCUGAAGGCCUUUUAAGCUUAUAUCAAACCUGACACUAGGUCAGAUCAUUGACUCAAAUCUUACAAAUGUGCAUAAGCUCGCCGCAGAAACUGUGCUCGACUUCAUGAAAUUAGAUAAAACAAAAACAAACAUCAAAUACAACAAUUAUUCAGGCUUACCAUUCGAGAUUCAGUUCCUGAAAGGUGUCAAGGAAGGCCACAGUUGCUUGAGACUUUUAAACGCUCUUACGCAUUAAGCAAGGUGAAAAACGAAAACGAUGCCAUCCGAAAUCGGAUUACCGAAUUUUAACAACCGACGCAUUUCUCAACCAAAAACCCAGUAAACAAACCAGCCAUGAAUAACAGAAGACUCUUGAUAGCAGCUGUAUUUCAUUUUAAUUUGUGCAUCCAGUGGAAAAAGACAGUUAAAAACAUCACAAGUUGACACAAAACUCUGUCAGCUUCAGCUGUCAAAGUAAGCAACUUGCAAGAUGCCGCAUACAUUUACGGCAUGAACUCACCUGUCAAAUUUUGACCAAUCAAAGCAUAAAAAUUGGACGUAGAGCGUGACCAACGCGUGACCAUGGUAAGAAAAGGUCUUCCCGCCUGUAUUUUUUUUAAAAAACUGGCUGAAUUUUCGCGUCCGAGGUCAGUUUGAAAUCAAAAACUUAAUAGUGCGGAGCCAUAAUGACAUAAACACAACAUACAGUAUUUCAUAAGAAUCAUUGGAAAAAAUAAACUAGAGCCUGUGAUCAUUUGAAACCGGUAAUUUGUCAGCGGAUAACUUCAAAAAAAUACUCGACCUCGAUGGGUCGGUACGGUCAUGUGGUACUGGUCAGCGGAUACCCUAUUUUGACAAUUGUCAAUUGAGCACAACAUUGAUGUGCAAUUAGCUUUCUCCUGGGCUCCCAAACCAGCUAGAAAGUGUGGGAGUAAACAUUGGUUUCCCUGUGGUGCGGACGGACGGUCGUUCGUUCGACGUUCGGUGUACGGUCACGUGAUUACCAAAUUUUCUGGGCUCUGCUAUGACCUGUACGCUGUGCAAUUGGAUCUUUAUACAGUAGGUGACAAAGGCAGAAAGCCAUGCGACCAUUUUAAAUCCUAAUUAUAUUGCCUGGCAAGGGUAUUAUAACGCUUUUAAUUAGUGUUUCUACUAACUUAGUCAAUCUUACUUUGAAAGCUUUUCAGUGAGGUUUGCUUAGCUUUCCAGGGUUUGUCGAGGCCAUUUUUGAGUCGGUGCCGGAACUUUGUAUAAAAAAUUAAAGUACCUCAGGUCCUUCAAUGACGAAGUCUGAUUGGCUACAGUGCCCUUCUCUUUAUGUUACUAAUAUGGUGCUUGUAACAGAAAAUAUUUACGAGCAUCGUUCAAAAUCUACAUAUGCCGGGUUACAUGUUUCAAGCCCUUAUGAGUUUGUGGUACAAUCAGUAUUUUUUCAAAAAAAGGAUUCGUGUUUAAACUCUGCGGGUUUUUGUUGUUGUUUUUGUUUGUUGUUUGUUUGUUGGCUGUUUUCUGAGAUACUGAGUAGAGAGACAGUCCUAUUGGAAGUUGAUCCUCUAUUUAGACUGAACUACAACUGCACUAACCCUUUGGUACAAUUGAGAUUGCCUGAAAGAAACAACAUUUAGACUCUUAAACGACCGUGCCGUGCCAUCGCAUCCUUGUUGUAUCCUUGGAGACCCGGGGGCAGCUAACAGUCACACAUCAUGUUACGAGUAAAAAAACUGCAGCCGUAAAGUUUAUGAGAAGAAAUAAAGAGCCAAUGGGCGCUUAUUCUUCUCCAACCAGCUCCAGAAGAAGUGAAGAUAUUAUUAAGUUCACAGAGUCAGAUUGACAUAUUUCAGGCCGAAGAGAAACGAAGAAUUUGAAAUCUUCAGGAACGUGCUCGGAGAGAAUGUACGGCAAUGACCAGGGGUCUUCCAGCUCUUGCCGAAAACGUUCCCUCGUAGCCAUUUAAUCAAAUGAUUACGUAUCUGUCCCAACAAGUUGUUCUUAUGGGUCUUCAAGAAUAAGGGUCCUCUGCUUUCAAUAAUUCGACUUCAACUUGUUAGAAAUGAAUUCUAAAUUCCAAUAACUUAUUUUAUUAAUAGCAACAAUCUGCAACAAAAUUAGUUGAGUCUCCUUGCCCUAGAGGGCCUCUUUGACGUUUUGCUAAGGAAAAAAAGGGGAAAGUUAAGUUUUUUUCUCCCCCAAUCCCUUCACGUAAUGCUGUGCCGCUGUUCGAGCUACCUGUAUAGAAAACAACACCUCGAUCAACUUUGAAUGAAUUGGAGAACGCGACAAAUCCGGGAACUUUAAGUGAAGGAGAUUGUUUUGUUUUCUGAAGUUACCCCAUUUGACUGCAAUGUCUUAACAAUUUUGUCACCGAUUGAAGAUUUAAGAAAAUAUAAAUGAGCCAAAGAUUAGACAAUAUGCGUAAAAUUUCGCCUUUUUAAGUACCUGCCGCCUGCUACUUUCAAACAUUUUUGGGUUCCACGAUCAAGAUAUUUACCCUCUUUUGUACAAAACUAGGAUAGCAAACGAAAAGCCUUUAUUAGUAGUAUUAAAAAUGUUGGGGCAGCGAUGGAGAUUGAGCAAUUUUCGUUAAACUCUUUACGUUCACGAAAAUUGUUUUGGAAUUACCAUUGACUUUCAUUCCAACAGUUUCAGAUCGCAUUAACUUUACAUUCAAAAUUACCGUAGAGGUUUCCUUCAAAAUUGUCGAGGACUACGAGAGAACGUCACUUGCGUAAGCACUUGUAGAGGUCGCUAUAUCCUUAGAUCAUCAAUUUGUUUUUUCAUUUGAUUUAUUUACUCGUUGUUUAUGUUUCCUUUUUGCAUAGAUGUGCGCUAGCACUGAACUUUCAAAUAAGAAGCUUUAUUCGACGUUUAUGAGAACCUACGCACAAGCAUCGAAAAUACCCGAGUACCUGGCUAUGUUGCUUCAGUAUUACAAGUGGAAAAAUGUGGGCAUCAUGUUUACGAAAAAGAAAAAAUGGUUAACUCGCAAAGAAGACAUCGUCAGAAAGCUGAAACUGGCCAAGAUUAAGAUCCGGAUAGAAGUAGAGCUUGACGAUUCGUACCUAUUCGAUGUCAACGAAACAGAGUACAUGAAACAAGUCAAGCAGAAAUUGAAGUUAAUCAAGGACCAGGCUAGAAGUGAGCAAACAAAUUAGUGAUUGCUGUUUUACGUGUAUUUUUACAGAAGCAGGUGGCCGGAUUAAUGUCUUUCCAGAGUUUGCAUUGAGUGACUCAAGGCGUAAAGCGCUAGUUCCCGGAAUAGAACAGUAACACUUUUUUGCGCGAUCAUGGCCACUAACAACAACAAGGCGCAGCAUACAGUUUUGUCCGACAACGCCACAACAAAAAUAAAGAAAUACAGUAAACACCCGCAUAUAAUAACACACGAUUUCGGAGGUCAGGCUGAUUGAGUUCUUAUUUAUCGGGUGCUUAAUGACAAAUCAGCCUUAAAGUGUUCUUAAAUUUUUAUUUAGUAAUACUAUCCAAAACAUGUUGCUAGAGUUAUAUCUAGCAUAUUUUAGGAAAAUAAAAUAAAUAAUUAUUCUAUAAUUUGAUUAUAUUAAUAAAUGAAGUUAUCUGACAGCAAACAUAAAUUUACAUGUUUUGUAAUCAUGACACUUUUUCCAUUUUAUAAGAACAUGUUACAAUCUUCAGGCUGAUCUUGUUCUUAUAAAAAUGGGGCUUUAUUGGCCACAUUUCAGCCUGGUGUUCUUAAAUCCAUUUGUUCUUAUAUGCGGGUGUUUACUGUAGCACUGAUUGCGAUAACAAUAACCAUAAUGACAAUGAUGAUGAGAAUGAGAAUGAGAAUGACAACGAUAACAACAACGAUAACGGUUAUGAAAAUGAUAACCUCUCUUGGAUAGUAUAGUAAUAAUUAUAAUAAGCAGGGUGGUUAGCAGGUAUUCUAGACCUCUAUUUUCAUGGGUCCCAUUUUAACUUGCACUUCCUACAAUACUUUCAUUAAAACCAAAGCCGAAUAACCCUCGUUAUAAACGUGCAUUAUAUUGGACCUAAUAACAAUGAUAUUGUUUCAUUUACAGUUAUUAUUGUACUGGAAGAAUUCCGUUACGCAAAAGAACUGCUUCUUCCUGCUUGUGAAGAAGGACUCACCAACGGUGAUUAUGCAUUCAUCCUCUUUUUCUUAAAUCAUCACGAGGUUUUAGUAAACAAACAGACCAAUAAUUCCUGGGCGUACCCCCAUUGUGACAGCAACGAUUCCUACAGCAGAUGCAAAUUCCAACAGGCUUUUGACUCAGCUCUGGUGAUGUCAUUGAAUAUAAACGAAAGCAGCGGAUCAUACAGAUAUUUCCAGCGAACCGUAAAACAGCGGUCUACAGAGCCGCCUUUUUACAGCCAAGGUUAUGAAGGCCACUUAUACAACAACCCAAAUUACACACUAAAAAACGAGACAAUUGAGGUAAGUAAGCAAUACUGAUGUUUUACUGCUUCUUUAUUUUGUCCCUCUUUUUGUAAAUAAUGUUAUUUUCACACUUGCAGCUUUUACUGACUGAAAAAAAAAACAGGAGACCUAGACAUUGUAAUUUAGACUUUUUUGUGUUAAGAAAUUUUAUCGUAUUUGAAAGUAUACAUUUUUUUUUGACCUGUCAAACUCUGCUGUUGAUAGCUAUAUGCGUGUUUGAGCCAGUACUCGCUUUUUUUUUUACAUGAAGGGAGGAAGAUCCUAAUUCCAGGAACACCCUAAAAGGCGAAUCAUCCUAGCGCCAUAUGUUUUACGUAAUCAAUUUACAUGCAAUAAGUUGUACUUGUCCCUAGUGCUAGGAUCUUCUUAGCGUAGCACCAUGUCAACUGUUUUCGCUAGGAAGGGCCCAGUACCAGGUGCAAACCAUAAUAGGACCAAAAUUUCUGCAUGUAGACUCAACGAAUCUUCCCAGUGGCAGAUCCAGACCUUCAGAUAGGGGGGGGGGGGGGGGGGGGGGUCAUUCAGACCCUGAGAUAAGGGUGGCCCGGUCUCGUUUUGGUCUAAAAAUGAGGGGGGACGGGCCCCCCCGGGCCCCUUGUCUGGAUCAGCCACUACUUCCUCCGUCCAUGUAAGCAGCCCCUCAUAGUAGAGUCAACUUAAGUCAGUGAAGACUGGAAAGCAAAGUUUUGAUAAUCCUCCUUGGUUAAAUUUGUUUUCUUUAUAACCAAAUUGACAAAACUUAUUAGGUUACUGUAUGGAAAAUAUACAAAACUAAAAUGAAUUCGUUGCUCUUUUUCAUUUCGUAUAACGAUCGUUCUGUACCCACUGACGACCUAUUAGGAAUGUCUUCCUACAACUUGAGGCGCUGACCAUUAGUCGGAACUGACCAGCCAAAAAAGAGAAUUUCGCCUUCAAUCAGAAAUCAGGACUAUCAAGCCCGAUCAGUCUUUUCCUAAGUUUCAUUCACGACAGAGAUAGGUUAUUAGCGAAACCUCUCUUAGAAAAGCCUUUGUCAUGAUCAAAAUGACCAGCCAGGCGGCCUGUUCCGAUUUGUGGUAAGCAUUUUAAAGGGAUUAUAUCACGAAGAAAUGGGUGUUUUACAACUCUGGCUGUUUUAGGUUAAUCCUGUGCUGAAGUAAUUACUUUGCGCCUUCAGCCACACUCAAAAUGCUCCAGCCCUGUAGAAUUAUGAAGAAGGUAUCAAACAAAUUUUAUCAGGGAACACUAACCAUAAGAAAUGUUUUGGUGAUAUUUACAAACGCAUAGCAUUAAAACUUCAACAAGUCAGCCUAAGUUUUUCAAGUUUUGAUCCAUGUCCGUCCUUCCGCCACCCGUAGCAAUAGACGACAAGAAACAUUUUCAAUGCUUAAAUGUGGUCUUAAAAACAAAACAAUACAUGUCCUUUAUUUUUGGAAUUUAACUGAUACGACACACGUUUUAGCUUUUUUUAAAAAAAAAAACAAAUAAGAAAUAACGUGACAUAGUCCCUCUGAGGUUCCAGUGUAAUUUUUAGGAUCAUUAUACGUUUCUGGGAAACUGCCCACCUACCCCUCCCAUAAGCCAACUUUAACACUUACUUCUUACUGUGGGCAAAAUCUUGGCUUAAGGGAGGGGGGGAUCAUUAAUAACUAACCUACAGGCAUAUUACCUUAACCUACAGGUACCAGUAUACGCAGCCUUUCUUUACGAUGCUGUUUACCAGUAUGCCGUUGCCUUAGAAAAGACUUUGGCAAGAAAUGAAACACCCGACGGGUUAAACAUUAUUUCAAAGCUUUUAAACAAAGAAUACAAUAGUAAGUGUUACGCAGCUGAAACUCGAUCAUAUUACUCAAAUAAGGGUUUUUUAAGGCCUCUGUCAAAGUUGUCUAUCAACAAGUGUGUUUGGAAAUUAAGAUUGUUUGGCUGUAUCACUCUCUAGGAAAUAUAAUUACAUUACACGUUUAGAAUGCUGCAUAUAUUUAAAAUUUACUAUCUUAAGAAAGUUUUUGAUAAAUUUAACCUAAAUUUUGGCUAGCCAGCGCUACAGACGAAACUAAACUCUGGUUCAGUCCGUCUGCGAAAUACAUUGUGGCGCCGAAAUCCUUGCUUUGAGUACGCGCCGUGAUUGGCCUGUAAAAACAGUUAAAAUAUGAUAUUGUAGAUUUGCCAAUCAGGUUGAAUGAUAUUCGAAACACAUUUCUGGUAAUUCGUUGAAUCCGUUGAGGGGCCUACAACAAGGAUUUUGGCGCUGCUUCGCAGUCGAUACCAUCCGGGAUUAAAUUACGUCUUCUACGCAGGCUAAACUUUGGCCGGCUUUAAAAUGACGUUGUUCUGGUAGUUUUUUAGUGAAGUGCAAAUAGACAUUCAUUCCAAACGUGAAGUGUUGGAAAUAUUAAAUGAAUAAUAUGAUUUUCAUUUCAUUAAUCGCCACCCCGCCACCUUGGUCAAAUGACAGAUGACGUGACUCUGAAAAAAAAAAAAGAAAGAAACGUCAGAAAAAGUUAACGCCACAAAUGUCGAGGAUGAUGAGGUGUUUCUGCGUACCAAAUAAAUUCAAAAUAGCUAGAUUUUAUUUAUUUAUUUUCUGAAAGUACUUUUUAACCUAAUUGCCUACUCAUACCCUUGUUAUACUUACUGAAAACAUGAAGGUGCAAACAAAAAGUUGCAUCCUUAAAGGUUAUACUCUUGCAAAGUGCUCAAUAGACGUUAUGAGAGAGCAAAAAAAAAAUUGAAAAAUUACUGUGAAAUUAGUUGUAUCGCGCUGCGCGUGUGUGCAAACAUCGAAGGGGUUAAUGUAAAUAAAAUGUAACGUGUUCGCUGAUUCUAGAAUGCUCAAGAAUAGCGAAGGAAAUGGCGAUGGUGAGCGGAUUUUUUUCGAAGGAAGGAGGAAGACGUUGCUUUAUUCUUGCAAGUGACAAGAAUAAGAAAGAUCAGGAAAAUCUGCGAAGUAAAUUUAACAAGAACGCACUUACAGCGAUAGUCAGUCUCGCUUCUUUGGAGAUUAGAUCGAUAAAUGAGGAGGCGAUUAAUUCUAUACGAAACAGGAUUUACUCGCUAAAGAUUUUUUACUUCUUACUUUAUCGACGUCAAUACUUUUUACUUGUUUCUGAAAUGAUUUAGUACGCGUGUUAGUGACAACCGGAAAUACUUCUGCAGUCUCAGGCUAUAGGCGUGUAUAAAUAGGGCCUCGAUUCCUGAGAAAUUACAUCAUUGCUAGCCUGCGUGCAGACGAUAACAAAACUCUGAUUAGUACCGUCUGCGAAGCAGCCCAGAGAUCCUUGUUCUGGACCCCCAACGGACUCAACGAAUUACCGGAAGUGCGUUUCGAAUUCCCCUUCAACCUGAUUGGCGAUCACGACAAACAAAACAAAGGCCUUUUUUAACUGGCCAAUCGUGGCGCGUACUCAAAUCUGGGUACACAGCUGGAAGUCCAGAACAAGGAUUUCGGCGCUGUUUCGCAGACGGAGUUAACCAGAGUUUAAUUUCGUCUGCGCGCAGGCUACAUCCUUGCCAGAGAUAAAAAAAAAAAGGUGUUUUACAUGACACGUCAUUUCAAUCAUCGCCGAAAAUAGACCUCAUGCUCAUCGCAAGACCCGUUUUACAUUCAGUGAAAGUUUACAACACCCGCCUAUCGCUGUUUUGCUGAUGAAGAUUCUUAUUUUUUUUCGACUACUCAGCAGUGCUCACUUGUUCCAAAGUAGUCAACGCUUUCACGCGAUAGAAUUCGUUUCAGAAAAGCUCUAAAUUUAAUCUUUCCCAAUCAUGCGACGCUUCGAUCACAACGAUUCUUAGUCCCAGUUUCCUCGGUCUACGCAAGGAACGCCUGGUGCAAUAAUCCCCCCAUUUGUAUACAAAAUACGACGGAAAAAAACCCGGGGGUACUUCCAGAAAAAUUGGGUAGGGAUGUGCGGCACGCUUCCUGAACCCUUACCCUCUCUCAGACCAAAAUCUGAGAUUUUUCCUACCCUAUUUCAGACCUGAUCAUAAAUUUGAUAUCCUAUUUCAGACCUGAAGCCCUGGAGCCCUGGAGCCCAGCGCGUGACCGGAGCGCGUGACAAGCUGUUACGGCACGUACACGGUUGGCGUAAACAUUAAAAUGGUCUUAUGGCCAAAUAACGAAGAAGUAGUUUCUUUUAAAAAACAUACCAAAUUCAAGACUAGAGAGCACAAACCAUACCCUAUUUCAGACCAAAAUAGUCGAAACUGAUACCCUAUUUCACACCAAAACGGCUACAAUUUAUACCCUCUGGCGCCGCAAAUACAUAUAUAGCCUAUGUAAGUGAGUACCCCCGGGGGCGUAAAACGCAUUGCAGAUUGAGUCUCGCUGCUUACGCAAGCGAGACUAACUAGUCGAUUAUUGCCAGAAACAGGUCGAUCACAAAGCAACGAACCUUGAAACACGAAACAAACAAAACGGAUCGAAAUCCAAAUUACAAACCAUGACCUUUUGAACUCGUGCAAGUAAACAGGUGUUUCCGCUAAGAUGAUUGACGGAACAGCAAAAGCCGAAAUUCCUUCGAAGUUUGUAAAAAGCGCUGCGCGACACAACGAAUUUCGCUAUAAUUCAGCGGCUAAUUUUGGAUGGCAAAGAUUAAAAUAGGUCAAUAAACGUGAUGUAAUGCACUUUUCUCCUUCUCUAAAUGUAGGCAUUCGUGGUGAGCGAGUCUAUGUAGAUAAGAAUGGUGACGCGGAAAAGAUUUUAUUUUUACUGGAUAUGCGAUGGCCGAAUACAUGUGAGUUGUAUUUACUUACUAUUUUUUUUAGUUUAUGUUAUUAUUAUAAUUAUUAUUAAUAUUAUUAUUAUUAUAUUAUCAUUAUUAUAACUGUAACAAGAGCUUUCCUCGUAAAGCUAAUUUGUUGAGACGCUCUGCUUCAUAACACAAAUACAAUUUAUGACUUUUAUAGACCACGCAUCUUUAUUGAAAAUGUUUGAUUUUGAGUUUUCAUUCCUUUAUUGUAGUGAAGACUGACUGCCCAGCAAAGCUUGUACCAGUGGGUGAUUUUACGAUUCAAUAUCAAAACAAUAGCGAACCUCAGGUGAACUUCGCUCUCAGGUCUGAUACGAAAAUUCAGUGGCCUGGAGGAACCCCCCCUAAGGAUAGUCCAGAAUGCGGCUUUGAAAACGAGCUGUGCUCACCUGAUGAUUCAUCUAAGGAAGCUGAAAGUGGUAAGGCGAAUAAAAUAAAUUUAAACCAAAUAUAUUCAGUACAGAAUGUUUAAUAGACUGUUUUCACUCAGGUGGCCAGCAUCUACAUAAAUUUGGACCAAAAGAGAGGUUUGGUAUACCAACAUGGCCUCCGCGAAGUCAUGUGAAAAUGCUCUUAAGGAUAUUACGUUCUAUGUAAUUUUGAAUUUGGCCAAUCUUGGUACUGUUAAUUUUAUAAAGUUAACGUGGUUUAUUGCAAUCUAUAUUAUGAGGGCUUGGAUUGCGCAAUUGAAAAACAUUCAUCAAAUGCAAUGAGCCGAUAGAAUGCAUCUAUGUAAACCUAUUCGGACCAACAGAGUGGUUUGGUACACCAACAUGGCCUCCCCGAAGUCAUGUGAAAAUGCUUUUAAGGAUAUUACGUCUUAAGUAAUCCUUGAAUUUGGCCAAUCUUGGUACAUUUGGUUUUAUAAAAUUAACGUGGUUUAUUGGAAACUGUAUUCUGCUGGCUUGACAUGGAUUGCAGAAUUGAAAAACAUCCAUCAAAUGCAAGGAGAGAUAAUGCAUCUAUGCAAAUCUAUUUGUGCCAAAAGAGUGGUAUGGUAUACCAACAUGGCCUCCGAGAAGUCUUGUGAAUUCAAAAUGCUUUCAAGGAUAUAAGUAAUUCUGAAUUCGGUGCAGUUAGUUUUAUUAAGCAAGACACGAAGGGGAAGACAAAAAGUCCUGAAUAAAGCAGCUACAAUAGUUCUAAAUAAGGCUAGACACAAAAUAGGAGACUCGAAGAGGAAGCUCACACAUAGUUAGCGAGCCAGAUCCAGAAAGGGUCAUGAAAAGCAAGUGUUUAAAAUUAGAGGCCCCUGAGAUGGCAAAAAAGAAACCUCUACAUAGUCUGCCAAGUAACGCUCAGCUCGUUUCAAAUUUUUCAAGAAGUACAGUAGCCUUGCUGUGGAGGGGGGCCAGGAUGAUUAUCUUUUCUCGAUGAAAGCCCAAAAUAUAUGUUUUUGAGAUGCCUAAUCUAGACAAAUAUUGUUUGGGGGUUGAAAUUUGUCGUGCGCACCAGGUGAUAAAAAAGCUCAAAAUGGAUCAUCUGUGGCCGGCUGUAUCACACUCCAUGCUGCAACAGCUACAGAAUGUCAUAAAAGUUACUGAAAUUCUGAAUACAUGUACUCGAUAGAGCAAUAAACAUCUUCUAGAAAUAAAGUUUUGAUCCAAUCAAAAAUUAUAGUGCAGAAAAUUAGAGGAACGAACUUUUGGGACACCCUGUACGCGUUGCGCGAAUGUUAUUUUAUUUUUUAUAUGCGUGUUAGGGUUGGGGAGUGGGGAGGGGGGUAUUCUUUUAUAGUAAAAAUGUAAAUUUUUUUUUCUAAAUAUUUCACAAAUAGUUCGUUUAAUUCUUUUAAAUAACUUUGAAUUGAUCAAAUUUGACUUUUUCAUUACUUUGCAGUUAAGAUGGCGAUAAUUGCUGGAAUAUCAGGGUUUGCAGCCCUUCUGCUUUGUCUUUUCUGUGUAACCAGAAUAAGGUUAGUUUGUUCGGCUGCUCUCUAAAGGUUAAUCUUUUAUUCUAUAUUGCAAUAGCACUAUACGCUCCCCCCGAGUGUGUACUGAUGAAAGAUCCAAAUAAAUGGUUUUCUUUCAUAAACUCAAGCUACUUUGAAUUUAAUUCUCUGAAUUGACCUUACCGUACAUUUGUUUUCUUUCUUCAGACAAAUCAAAUCGGAAAGAGAGCUGAAGAGUUUAUUAUGGAAAAUAGAUUAUUCUGGAAUUGUCCUUGCAAACUCAGACUACUUCGAAUCAAUGGAUGAUGAUACGCUUGUGAGACUUUUUUUUCAGUUCUUUUUAUAUCUGACCCAAAAAAUAGGGAUGAAAACAUUUUAAAGAGUAACGUAAUUUCGUCAAGUUGUUAGACCUUAUACUUUUGAUAGACCAAUGCCGUUCUCCUUAAAAGUGAUCCCUAAGAAUAUAUGUCUUACAAAUUAGCAGUCUUUGCUAAGUUACUUUCGUGUAUUUCACCCUUAAAUGUUUCUAUGACAACAACAAAAUGUUAAAAAAGGUUGUAACUUUAUGAUUUGAUAACGCAGAUAUAAGAUAAAAACGUGAGGCCCCCUGUCAUUAUAAUAGUAAUAAAUGUUGUUCAAGAUAUGUGCAUGGAGUUGGCUUGUAAGACUGACAUCAUUUUUCUUUUGUUUCUCUGUAGUCUUUCCAAAAGAGCGAAAGCGACAUUUUGCUCCAGUCCAUCAGAAAUGGUGAAAGUACUGGCGACUUAACUCGAUUUGGGUUUUUCAAGGUACAACUAUUAUGACUCAGUUCUGUUUCGCCCCAUGUGAAGGAAUUAAAGGCAGUCUUGGAUUCUGGACUCCACGCCAUGGAUUCCGGAUUCCAGGUACUGGAUUCCAGAUCUUUUUCAGUGGAACUUGGAUUCCAGUUGUUAGUGGGAUUCCGGAUUCCAAGGCCCAGGAUUCCGGAUUCAACAGGCAAACAUUUCCAAGAUUCUGGAUUCCACAUGCAAAAAUGUCCAAGAUACCGGAUUCCACCUGCAAAAAUAUUUCAAGAUUCCGGAUUCCAAAGGCAAAAAUUUCCAAGAUUCCGGAUUCCACAUGCAAAAAUUUUCAAGAUUCCGGACUCCACACGCAAAAAUUUCCAAGAUUCCGGAUUCCACAAGCAAAAAUUUCCAAGAUUCUGGAAUCCGGACUCCCUUACAUGGGGCGAUCGGUUUUUAUUAGAUUAUAAUUGUCUCAUUGAAGGAUCGAAGUUAAAGCCACGCCAAUCAGUUUCUUUGUUUUCUAGGGGACUUCCGUGGUAGUUAAACAAGUUGGCACAAAAGCUGUAGAUUUAACCCGUUCUGUGCUAGUGGAAAUGAAACAGGUAUCUGAAAAAUAAAUUUCGAUUAUGCCUGACCGUGACCGUAGUUUUUCAAUUCAGCUUUGUUGUCUCAAUCACAGAUGCUUGAUGUUCGACAUGACAACCUUGCACACUUUAUCGGAGCUACCAUUGACCCUCCGAACAUUUGCAUUGUGACAGCAUUUUACUCUCGUGGAAGCCUUCAAGUAAGUUUGACUUUAUUAUUAUUAUCAUUGUCAUUUGCAAUCCUCGGCUUGCUUGUUUAAUCCCUGAAGCACCGGCUCCAAACCAUGGACCUUGGGUACCAACGAGUUCACUUAUUUGACAUGAACCUUCCGAACCUUGGGCUUUUCCCAGAAAAGUAAUUUUUUGGAGCUCGUAUAUCAUCAUCAUCAUCAUCAUCAUCAUCAUCAUCAUUAUCAUCAUCAUCGUUGUCAUCGUCGUCAUCGUUAUCGUCAUGAACAUAAUUAACUUUAUUGUUAUUAUUAUUAUUAUUAUUAUUAUUAUUAUUAUUAUUAUUCUAUUAUUGUUUCUUUAUUCGUUGAUUUAGCUAUUUUAAAGUAACAUUACUUCGAUUCACUGAAGCUGAUGUUUUCUAAUUCUGCGUGUAUGCUUAAUGGUUCCUCUUAACAUUACACUUCUUAGACUUUAAUUAUAUAUACAUUUUUUUAAACAUUACACUCUUAACUAAACUAUAAAUACUGGAGGAUGUUGAUAAUGAUGUAACACUGUGAUAUACUUUCUAGCUAACGUUGUCUAUAAAAUCAUUUCAAAGAUAAUUAUGUCUGAUGUCUUCCUUUUCAUUACAAGGAAAUCUUGGCGAAUAAAGAUGUGAAAUUGGACCACAUGUUUAUUUCUUCACUUGUCAAUGAUAUAGUUAAGGUAACUGUGUAUUUUUCUGAAAGUGUUGCAAAUAAUUAUAGUUAAUGUUAUUCCCGCCUUAUGGCAUGCAUGAUUUCAAAACAAUUUCAUUGAUCUUACCCGUUAAGUCAUACAUGUAUGUAUCUUACACACGUUAUUUUUUGUAGGGUAUGGCCCAUCUUCACAGCUCGGAGAUCAAAUCGCACGGGAAUCUUAAAUCUUCCAAUUGUUUAGUGGAUAGCCGCUGGGUACUAAAGAUUGCUGACUACGGUCUACCAACAAUUCGAUCUAAGCUAAAGAAAAGUUACCUCUAUUCUGACUUGUAUUAUAAAGGUAUUAUAAAGGUAUUUUGUCCGGCAUGUGUUUGAGUUUUUGCAUUCGAGUGCAUCAGCCAGGGUGUUUCUUUUAAUCAGCAGCGUGGAAUGUAUUCUCACCUUUUUACUGGGAUGGGACAUCAACCCAAAGCCCAACCCCCGACCUGGAGGCUCAGGCGUUGCAAUUCGUUUGGCCCUUCACCCUUUUAAAAACUUCACUGUACGGUUGAACUACCAGGGACCGAGGUCCCAACUAGUAUAGCUUUCAGGAUCACCGAGGCUCGCAAACCUCCCCACCACGAUAAGGGCGAAACGCCUAGGAAAGAUUGUGAGCCUUGUUUCGUGAUUCUGUGUGUCGCAGUUUCAGAGGCUGAACAACAUACAGGUAGAGUUCGCGAAAAAUGCGUCAUGGACAUUUUUGCGGUUAAUUAAUCCAAACGUUUAAGUAGUAACUAGAUCUUCGCUUAUAAUUUCGUUUGAGAGAAAACCAGCUUUGGCCACUUUUUGUAUUUAGAACUUUUAUGGAUGGCUCCAGAAAUUCUUCGAAUGAGCGACCGUCCAGUUAAUGGAACACAGAAGGGAGACGUAUACAGUUUUGCUAUUAUUUUGCAAGAAUUUCACACCAGAGAAGCACCCUACAGUGGAAGUUAUCUACAGCCAAAAGGUAAAAUUUUAUCUGUAAAUAAUAGAAUAAAGUUCCAAAGGCUAGUCAGAAUAUUUAGCAAUUAUUGGAUGAAGCUGAGACGGUAUGACGUGAAGAAUUAUGCAGGUCGAGAAGAAUGUGAUCUGCAUAAUUUACAAAUCAAACCAAAGACGAAUUAUUUAAUUGUUUCACUAUUAAUUCAUUCAAAAUAUUUCAAACUUACAAUAUGCUUACCUAGAUGAUCUAUGAAAGUUACCGUCUUUAUAACUUUUACUUGCUCCUUGGCAGUCUCAGGAUAUGAAGGAGAUAUUCAUUAAAUGGCAGUUGUCAUUUGUCGAGUGGCAUUGUCGAGUUUCCCUUCUUGUUAUGUUUUUAGCAGCCGUUCUCCUACUUAAUUCUUUCGGUCAAAACGUGAGAAAUCUUCCGCCAUUUAAUUCUCCAGUUCCACAAAGCAACUGAGUCACCGUACCUUCUGUUGUUCCUGUUUUCCAGUCAAUUACUCGUUAAAGCGUUUGACCUGCUCCCGAUCUUCUCGCGGUUGCGUCGCCAGAGGAAAAAGACAAAGAAAGAAAAAACAACAAAACAGCAACAAAACAACAACAACAACAACAAAAAUUUUAACAGCGGCAUUUGCCAGCUAAUACAGCCACCUACACUGGCUUAACUAAGAGUUAAGCCAAAUUUUUAGCAACGUCUUCCUGACUAGGAACGUGUACCUGGAGCUUGUGAAAGAUUUUUCAUCCUUUACUCCUCUGAGAUGAACAUGCCCCAAACAAUCUCUAGGGAGGUAAAUUAUAACUGGUUAUCAUUGCUAAAUGUGAUUGACGCUAAUCGCCAUUCCAGGAGCAGGGCCUGGUUAUAAAUAUGACAUAAAAUCUGCAUAUAUAUGGAUUAGUUACACGAUAACUGAGAAAAUAUUGUUGAGGGUAAUGAUGUGACAUUUGAUGAAUAUUAUUGUUGUGGGUAACGACUCAACGGUUAAUGUCCUAUCGACGUGGGAAUGGGUUUUGUUAAUUAAACUCAACUGGACUUUUACUCACACGAGCUGGUGACAACGUUCGCCUGCAUGCCUAUGGGUGCGUCUUCCACGCUUUCUUUAGGAAGACCAAAGUAGCUGGUUCCUACAUUCUCAAUUCUUCUUUCUUUUAUUAGAAAUCAUCAAGCGCGUCAGUGAGUGCGAGGUGCCUCCGUUUCGCCCCACCGAAGUCGCCCUCAUCCGUCAAGUGGAGGAGUUAAGAGAAUUGAUGAAAUGUUGUUGGGAGGAAAAGCCUGAAGCACGUCCAGACUUUCAAGAGAUCAAGAAAACCAUGCAGAGAAUAUUGAUAAACAGUGGCGUGUAAGAAAAGACAAUUCCAAUGUUUCAUUGUUCAGAAUUAUCCUGAUACCAGAAUUAUAUACCCAGCCAAGUGUAGGAAUGGAUCGACACCAACAAGCAUUUCUCAGAGGAUGACAUUGUGCACACUUCCUAAAACCGAGACAGUUGGAGACGACUUAUAGUCGACUGCUCAUCUGUCGACCGAUGAUGAUGAUUAUAUACUCUUGACAAUGCAAGUCUUGAUUCGAUUGCAUGAGAAAUCGAUAAUUUCAAUACUGUCUACUUAAGGCAUAUAACGCAAAGACAGAUGUUUUCACGCAGCGUAAGAAAACGAAAAAUAGGUCUGUCCUGGCAGAUCAACGGUUUGGUUUCACACUGUGUUUCACCGUCGACGAGGGCUGGUAACUCGUCUUGAUCUAAUGGCUAACCGUAAACGGUGGUGAAUUUACAAACAGUUACAAAGUUAACCGACUUUCGAUCUUAAUAGAACUACUGCUCACUCCUUCUCACCUCUAUUCUAUCCUUAGGAAAACAAAUAUAUUUGACAAUGUGGUGUAUAUGAUGGAGAAAUACGCAGAUAAUCUAGAGGACCUUGUGAGUGACAGAACCGCUCAGCUGCUAGAGGAGAAGAAAAAGACUGAUGCAUUGUUGGAUAGAAUAUUACCAAGGUAUAAGGUUUUACAAUAAUAUCACAUGGUAAAAGGUGACUUACUCAACAAAAUUUUAUGAGGGGAGACUCCAUCCCAUGGUCCAACCCCUUACCUUUUUAUAUACGUACCAUUUGUGACAAGAAAAGUUACCGUUUAAAUAUAUACCGUCCAUUGACAAAUGGUACUCCUUUUUACAUACCUACAAAUUAAAGAAAAACGCACCCCUUUAACUGCUCUAACUGUCAAUUUAAUAUGAAUAAAAUUAAUCUCUAAAACAGGAAGUUAUUCUUGCAAUUUCCACAGGCAUGAGUUGCGUUAUUUCGAAAUACUUCAAUUUAAAGCCUUAUAAACUACCGAUUGGAAAUGACAUAUUACCCAACGUUUUCAGUUACUUCAUUCGGGAAAUCCCUACCCUUUCAUACAUUGGAGCCUUCCCACUAGGCCAUUAUUGGGAGUACUCCCUUCCCCAGGAGGGAAAAUUCUGUUCAGUUCCGCUUGAAAGUGUGCUGAGGGCUUGAACCCCGCGCUUAGACAACUGUUUUAUCCUAUACACUGCGUCCUGCUCACUAAAGAAAAUUCCUAAAUUGUUUCUUGCACAAACGUUUAAGCCAAUAUUUUGUCUUUUAGACCUGUUGCAGAGCAGCUUAAAAGGGGUAAAGCAGUAGAAGCGGAAAGUUUUCAUGAGGUUUCCAUUUACUUCAGUGACAUUGUUGGAUUUACUGAGCUAUCAUCGUCAAGUACACCGAUGCAGGUAUUUUACACUUUAAUUAGUAAUUUUCUCUUAGGAUUUUGUCGAUAACAAGGAUGUAGAUGUUUCCUCGUCAUCUUGCGAAUAAAAGACUGGCCAAAUUCCAGGCCCAGAAGAAAAAAAAAUACGGUAAUGAUAAGGCCAAAAUAAAGAGCAACAAGCAUCUGUGUUCCAUUCUGGAAAUCGCCCCAUGAAAGGGAAUCCAAGUCAGUCUUGGAUUCUGGAUUCCACUUUAGGGAUUCCGGAUUCUAGUUACUAGAUUCCAAUCCUUAGUGGGAUUCUGCAUGGAUUCCUUGGGCUGUAUUCCGAAUUCCAGUGCCCAGGUUUUCAAAUUCCACGAGAAGAAUUUUCCAGAUUCCGAAAUCCGGAUUCCCUUACACUGAGGGCGACUGCAAAAUAUUAGAGAAAUUCAACUUUGAAAUACUGCAACCGAGCUCGUUUUCCUUUCUUUUAGGUUGUAACAUUUUUGAAUGACCUCUAUACGCUAUUUGAUGACAUCAUAAGUGCAUUUGACGUUUAUAAGGUAUGUUGCUUUCUAACACCAACAGGGGUGAAGGUAUUGAGAAAGUACUCCUAUGCUUGCAAUUACCCGUGCUUCGAUGCCAGUACAUUUGGUCGGAGAAAUGGGACACGAAGCCCCUCAGAUUUUUACACUCAUUUGGAAUCUGUUUUGGUUAACUCUGUAGGAAAAGUGCCGGAUGAGCUAAAGUCUUUAUAAUAGUCUCCCUCGCAGCCGUUUUUUGGAUGUCACGCAACGCUCCACCAAAAGAACGUUGCGUGACAUCCAAAAAACGGCUGCGAGGGAGACUAAAGACUUAAGAGCCUUACACCGAAUUUACACCAGGCAAACUUUUGCUUCAGUCAUGUGACCAGCAUUUAUACAAAUUUAUGGGAACAGAAGAAAUUGUUUACAUAAGAAAAGAGUUGAACUCCCACAGGAUUUGUGUGGAACACCAAAAAAUUACAAACAAAAUGGGCCUGGAUCGUACUUUAGAAGGAUCUAUAGGGAGUCAUCGGAGCAUAACAGUACUAAUAUCUCCCCGCCGAUUUUGCUUUAACAGGCUCAUUUUUGUUGCUCUUUCUGGAUGUGCCAAUCUAUCCCAUAAUUACACAGAUUUGAAUUUUUUGGGCGUCACACUUCUCUUCUCCAUAACGUGUUUCAGUGAGAAAAUUAAGUUGACAAAUCAUCAGACGGAUCUAAAACAGCCAUCUUUUGGUACAACCAAACCAUGUGAAGUUAAAAUUAACUAAUGCUAAUGUAGAAUUGGCUUUUUCUGUCAGGUUGAGACAAUAGGAGACGCUUACAUGGUAGUAUCUGGCCUUCCAAUAAGAAAUGGUCACAAUCACGCUGCGGAGAUAGCAGGAAUGGCGCUUCAUUUAAUUGAAGGAGUAAAGAAGGAUUUUACAAUUCGUCACAAACCUGACCAUAAAAUCGAACUGCGUGUUGGUAUACACAGUGGUAAGUUCGGCGAAGCAAGGCAUUAUACAUAGUGUAGUGUAUGAGUAGUGUUAAACUUGGGCCUUCCUGGUCGGCUUGUGUUGUCCUCGUUUUUUCGGCCUCUCCUUGGUCUCCUUUCUCUUUUCUUUACCGUCGACUAAAGAAAAUAGUUCUUUUGCUUUUAUUACGUGGUUUACAUAAUAGCCAAGCUUACCAGGAAUGGGUAACUAGGGUUUUUGCACAAAUGGUAAACUGGCCGGGUAAGCUAGGUUUGACAACCAAGAAAGCCUCGUUGUUUGAACCAGGCUUGCACCCUGGUUAACCCAAGCUUUUGGUGCACGGAAAGCCUCUAUAAGUAAAAAAAUGACCGAUAGAAAUACUCCAGAGAUUACCUCAUUCGCUCAAGCGAGCAAAACUAAUAAACCGAGGUAACGUAGCUGAAGUAAUUUUUUGUUUAUGUUCUUUCUAGGCCCUGUAGUGGCUGGUGUGGUGGGUAACACGAUGCCACGUUACUGUUUAUUUGGUGAUACAGUGAACACAGCGUCUAGAAUGGAAUCAACUGGGGAAGGUAAGAAAUCUUUUCACAUUGACAACUUUUUAAAGGGCUAAGUUAUGCGCAAUAUGCCAGCUAAUCGUAAUAAAAAGGACAAAAAGGACAGAAAAGAAGUACAAAAAAUAAAAUGGAACAGGACUAGACUACAAAACAACCCGAUUUUCUGCGUUGGUGAUUGGCCAUUUUGAGGUCACGUGGGACUCAGCCGGUGAAUGUCGCGUUGCAUUAUGGGACGGUUUUAGGGCGCUUACUUUAUUUUUACACAUUCAAACUUUGUCCACCAAACAGUCCCAUAUUAGAGCAACUCGACAAAAUCAUUACUGACCCAGUUUCAUGCACAAUCUGAAAAUGUUUCUUAUCUCUGAUGUUAAGUAUCAAUGUUCAAAGGUUAUUGUUCUAUUACUUUGUCGCGGUAACACUGAACCACAAGGCGUGACCCGGUUGGUUGUAGAGUGGGGAGCGCUUCAAGCAACGGCUACUGACUAGUACACUGCUCAGGAAUACAGUGCCUUUUUUUGCAGCGCACUUAAGACUUAAUUCUUGAUACGCGUAUACUUUUUUCAGGUUUAAAAAUUCAUAUUAGCGAAGCAACGAAGUCUAUUCUUGAAACAUUAGGGGGCUUUAUAAUCGAAGAACGAGGACCCGUACACUUAAAGGUAGGCGAUUCUUACACUUGAUUUGCAAUCUUACUUUGAGCACGAAAAAUAAAAAAAAUAAUUUAAGUGAGGGUAAUAAUUGCGUUAAGUUCUCAUUUACGUAACAUUACAACUCAUUUACGCCAUGUAAAGUCAAACAUUACCCUUUCUUUACGCAUAUGCGGAAGGUAGCAUGAAGACUUCGUACAUGCUAAGGGCAACCUUACUCAACCUUUACAUAAGCGUAGAUGAGUGUAAAGCUUUUACAACGUCGAGUACUUCAAGGGCUGGAACGAAUUGGUUUACCUGUGAAAAAUAAUUUAUUGGCUAUACCUUCAGCACAGAUUGUGGAGCUGAAUAUAAAAUUUGGCACAAAUAAAAACAAAGAACUCCAUACUUAAAAAUUUAAAGGUAUAAAUAUUGUGUUUAUAAGUCGUGAUGUACCACGGGACCAUUCUACUAAAAAUCACAAAUAAUUGACAAAUUGGUGGCGGGUUAAAGAAAAGAAAUCCAGCAAUAAAAUUUUUCUUAUUCAUAUUAAAUAUUUCUAACACUUCACGUUUGGAAUGACUGACCAUCGUUGUUCAAUAAAAACAAUAUAAGGGCAAACAUCAUUUUAAAUGCCCAAACUUAAUUUUGAAGUAAUUCCAAACGUAAAAAGUUUUUCCUCUAUGAGAAAUUCCAAUUUAUUUAUCCAAACAAAGUUAAUCCGCCACCAAUUUCCUUUAUUUUUACGUUUGGUCACGUGACAUGUCUCGUGACCAUAAUUAAACCUUAAGGCAGUUUUUUAUGCCAGCUUUACGAAGCACGUAAAUUCACCUUUACGGAGGUUAAUGUACACUUCAAUAUUUGGUAAGCCUCAAUUUUAAUGCUGUUUAAACCAGCAUAAGGUCCUUGAAUCAGAUUUGAUAAGCUUGACGUCUGUUUGCUACUAUAGGGCAAAGGGACAGUUAAAGGAUAUUGGUUAAUUGAUUUUGCAAACCGAGCGUUACACCGGCAUCGCCCAUCUACUAAACGCCACAAAGGACUGACAGAUGCUUCUGUUGCUUUCCGGGAAAUGCUGGAACCUCCUCCAUCGCCUUGCAGGUUGUCACGUGCGUCAUCUCUCAGAAGAAAUAUGAAAGCUAUCAGCGAAUCUCCCUUGUUCAAAAGAAGACAACUCAUGGAAGCCGAUGAGACAUUAGAUGAAACAAAUGACACCCAAGCCUUUGUCUAG